AUGCAUCUUGUCGUUUUUCUCCUUUUCGUGGUCGGUUGUUCGUGUGAUCUAAGAGUUUUAAUUGAUCAAAACGGAGGUUAUAAUGUAACAAUCAAUAACCAAUUGUGGCUACGUUCAGCUCGAACAGCAAUUUAUGCUGAUAGUCGAUGGUAUUCAACAGAUAAUCAAUCACUGCCGUUAGUUGAUGUACGUUCUGAGCAAGGUACGGAUCCUAAUUUAGGUAGUUGGAAUGAAACACGUUUGACUUAUAAUCUUGUUCGUCCUCAAAGUUCAACAUCGAUUGUUGCUCGUAUCCGUCAGUGGAAUAUCGUUUCGGCAUAUACGUUUCAUCUGGAAACAGGUGAUCAAGCUUUAACAAAUCAAGUAGUGUUGGAUAUGGAACAGGUUCGAACGGUAUUUCCAUCGUUUCAUAUUGAAAAAAAUGAUAUGGGUGAUAAUCGCGGAUAUUUUACAUUUGGAGGAGCUAUGGUUGGCGAAGGUGAUAAACACGCUGGUAAUUGGAAUUCAUCGAGUAAAGUGAUCAGAUCCGGAAUGCAAAGUGGACCUGUCGUUGUCUUCAAUUUAACCCAACGUGCCGAAGGUGAUAUGAUAGUCAUCUCUCCAUUUUCUCAUUUUAUGGCUAGUUCAUUAUCACAACGAAGUCCAGUUUCGGAUAAUAUAUUAGAAUAUGGUGUGAUGGGUUCUAUGUCAACCAUACCUGCGAAUUAUGCACAAUCACUCAUUAUUUUCUACUCACCGCGCGGUGUCAAUGCAGGAAUGCGCGAAUGGGGUCAAACCAUGCGCCAAGCAUUUAAUCGAACUACGGAAAACCGUCGUAAUGAUCUUACAAUAAACUAUCUUGGAUACUAUACUGAUAAUGGUGGUUACUACUAUUACAAUACUGAACAAGGAAUGAAUUAUGAAGCAACGAUGAUCAAUGCCAAACAUCAGAUUCCACUUCCGUUCCACUAUAUCCAACUAGAUUCCUGGUGGUAUUACAAAGGUAUUGGCGAAGGUGUUUCCCAAUGGACAGCGCGUCCUGAUAUAUUUCCAGAUGGGCUUGUUUCUUUACAUCGUCGAUUAGAAAAUAUACCUCUAGCAGCACAUAACCGAUAUUGGGCAUAUGAUACAGUCUACAAAAAUAAAUAUGCUUUUGCUCUUGACGUUGGUAAUGGAAAAGCCUUACCGAUUGGAAAUGAUUCAUUCUGGUUAGACUUCUUUGUUGAAGCCCGUAACUGGGGUUUAGUUUUAUACGAACAAGAUUGGCUUAAUGUUCAAACAAUACAGUUUCUUCCAACACGCACUAACAUUGAUAUUGGCGAACAAUGGCUCAAGUCCAUGGGUAGUGCAGCCGAACGCGUGGGCAUAAACAUUCAAUACUGUAUGAGUUUACCGCGUCAUAUUUUACAAGCUUUAGAAAUCCCGCGUGUUACACAUGCACGAGCAUCAGAUGAUUAUGCCGUUCAUUUAAGAGAUCCACAGAAGUCGCAAUGGAAUAUUGGAAUAUCGAGUAUGUUCGCCGAUGCAAUUGGUUUAGCACCGUUUAAAGAUGUUCUCUGGUCAACAUCAGAACAACCUGGCUCACCUUACUCAGCAACUGCUAAAGAACCUCUUCCAGAACGAGAGAUUCUCAUUUCCACACUUUCAACAGGCCCCGUCGGCCCAGGAGAUGCAAUUAAAUAUACAAAUGUUGAACGAAUCAUGAAAUGCUGUCGUCAGGAUGGUCUUAUCUUGAAACCUGAUCGGCCAUUGACAACAAUUAAUGCAUUAGUUGCUGAUUGGGCUUUAUACGAUGGAGUUCCCCAAGGUGAACUUUAUUCAACAGAAACAACGAUAAAUGAUCGAGAAUUUUAUAUCAUCUUUGCUUCAGCUAUGAAACGAAAUUAUGUUGUUUAUCCAUCAAUGAUUGGCAGUGAAUCUGGUGUCAUCUGGUCGUACGAUAACACAGAUGUAGUCUCGAUUUUCGAUGAUACGCAUCCUCUUGAAGUUCCUGCUGAUAAAUGUGGUGAUUUAGCAAUCUGUGUUUGGUACGUAUCACCUCAAUGGCAAUUCAAUGAUCCCAUUCAUACAAAAUAUGCUUUUCUUGGCGAAAGAAAUAAAUGGACAGCAGUCAGUCAACAGCGAAUUUCUUACAUCACAACCAACACCGAAAAAACACAAACCACAAUUACUGUUCAAGGUGCAAAAUCGGAAAUAGUCCCACUUGUCGUUUAUCAUUCAACUUUACACUCCGUCAAUGUCAACUGUUCAAUAUCAGCUGAUAAAGGCCAAGCACAACUGGUUAUUACCCCGACCACUGUUACCUGUUCGUAA